AUAUAUUAGUUAUUGUUAUUUGAAUCAACAGUAAUACAGCUAAUUAUAUAUAUAUAUACUUCAUGGGGGGGGGUUUACGCCCCCCUAACGACUUUAUAUAAGAAAGUAGCUGUCAGGACUAAAGUCUAUUAUCAAACUGAGAAAGUCGAUAUAUUAGUGAAUGAUAAGUUGUAGAGAAACGAAAAAAAUAUUGUGAAAAGCGGCAGUGGAUAGUGACGUCAUCAUGGCCACACAGGUGGAAUUCCCACGGUACAGCCGCUACGGUGACGGAACGACUAACGCCUAUCAACCGGCGGUCAACACCCUCCCCUACACCGACCUCAACUACAACUACCCAUACGACACCUCCCAGCAACAGGACCCAACUUAUUCCUACUACCCGGAGGCAAGUGGCCAGGAUCCCUACAACGAUCCCGACUACAACACCUACGGCCAGUACUACGAGGGCCAAGACCCAAACGACCAGGGCUACGGCCCGGACGACUUGGGUUUUGACUCCAACGACCCGGGUUUCGACACCAGCAACCAGGACAACUACCCUAAUAACCAAACAUACGAUCCCAACGAUCCGACAUACGACCCCAACGAUCCGACGUACGACCCCAACGAUCCGACGUACGACCCCAACGAUCCGACGUACGACCCCAACGAUCCGACGUACGACCCCAACGAUCCGACGUACGACCCCAACGAUCAAAUAUACGACGAGAACUACGAGACAACUGAGCAGCCGUACGAUUCUCCCGGUGGGUACAUAGACUAUAGUCCCGCCUACACAUACGACCGACCUAUCAUCUACAAGCACGGGUCUAACCUUAAGCCAGAGGGAGAGUUUGGUGGAACAUCUGAACUCAAGUCCGCCUACAGGGCCUACGACAGCCAACACAAAGCUCAGGCUAACCGUAAGAAGGACAACCUUGGUGCAGGAGGUGCCAUUGACGGGAAAACCGAGCAUAAGGAAAAGUACCAGACUUACGAAACCUCCCGCCCAGUCGUAUACAAACACGGCACCAACCUCGCUCCUGAAGGAGAGUUUGGUGAACUAACAGAAACUCACGACAAGCACCGCCAGUUUGACUCCCAGCGUCCUGUCGUAAAGAAGCAAGGGACAAACCUCAGCACUCAGGGAAACUUUGAGGAAAACACUGAAUACCACACACAAUAUUACAAGAAAGGUUCAGAAAAACCCGGUAAACUAAACAGGGCAAGAGAUAAUCUUCAACAGGAGGGUGAGUUUGGAGAGGUCACAGAAACUCAAGACAAACAUCGUCAAUUUGAGUCCCAACGACCCGUGGUGCAGCGACAGGGAGCCAAUCUUACCACUGAAGGUAACCUUGCCAACGACACAGAGUACUACAAGCAGUUCUACAAAAAAGAUUCUUAUAAACGUUCUGCCAAGAGGAAUACUGACAACUUGAAGCAGGAAGGAGACUUUGGCGAAGUAACAGAAACACACGACCAACACCACAAGUUUGACACCCAACGACCAGUGGUUUAUCGUCAGGGCGCUCACCUCCGUACAGAAGGUAACUUCUCUAAAGACACUGAAUACGAAAAAGAAUUUGCAAAAAAAAACUCCCAAAAAACAAAAGGGGCCAAACAUAAUGACAAUCUGCAACAAGAAGGAGACUUUGGCGAAGUAACAGAGACACACGAUAAACACCACAAGUUUGACACCCAACGACCUGUAGUAAAGAAGCAUGGAGACCAUUUAGGAACAGAAGGAAAUUUUGAGAAAGAUACAGAGUAUAAUAAACAGUUCCACCAGAAAGGUUCUGAUAAAAGAACUGCUAAGAAGAACAGCGACAACUUGAAGCAGGAAGGAGACUUUGGCGAAGUAACAGAAACACACGACAAACACCACAAGUUUGACACCCAACGACCUGUGGUUUAUCGUCAGGGCGCUCACCUCCGUACAGAAGGUAACUUCUCUAAAGACACUGAAUACGAAAAACAAUUUGCAAAAAAAAACUCCCAAAAAACAAAAGGGGCCAAACAUAAUGACAAUCUGCAACAAGAAGGAGACUUUGGCGAAGUAACAGAAACACACGACAAACACCACAAGUUUGACACCCAACGACCAGUGGUUUAUCGUCAGGGCGCUCACCUCCGUACAGAAGGUAACUUCUCUAAGGACACUGAAUACGAAAAAGAAUUUGCAAUAAAAAACGCCCAAAAAACAAAAGGGGCCAAACACAUCGAUAGCCUGCAACAAGAAGGAGACUUUGGCGAAGUAACAGAGACACACGACAAACACCACAAGUUUGACACCCAACGACCUGUGGUUUAUCGUCAGGGCGCUCACCUCCGUACAGAAGGUAACUUCUCUAAAGACACUGAAUACGAAAAAGAAUUUGCAAAAAAAAACUCCCAAAAAACAAAAGGGGCCAAACAUAAUGACAAUCUGCAACAAGAAGGAGACUUUGGCGAAGUAACAGAGACACACGAUAAACACCACAAGUUUGACACCCAACGACCUGUAGUAAAGAAACAUGGAGACCAUUUAGGAACAGAAGGAAAUUUUGAGAAAGAUACAGAGUAUAAUAAACAGUUCCACCAGAAAGGUUCUGAUAAAAGAACUGCUAAGAAGAAUAGCGACAACUUGAAGCAGGAAGGAGACUUUGGCGAAGUAACAGAAACACACGACAAACACCACAAGUUUGACACCCAACGACCUGUGGUUUAUCGUCAGGGCGCUCACCUCCGUACAGAAGGUAACUUCUCUAAGGACACUGAAUACGAAAAAGAAUUUGCAAAAAAAAACUCCCAAAAAACAAAAGGGGCCAAACAUAAUGACAAUCUGCAACAAGAAGGAGACUUUGGCGAAGUAACAGAGACACACGACAAACACCACAAGUUUGACACCCAACGACCUGUGGUUUAUCGUCAGGGCGCUCACCUCCGUACAGAAGGUAACUUCUCUAAGGACACUGAAUACGAAAAAGAAUUUGCAAAAAAAAACUCCCAAAAAACAAAAGGGGCCAAACAUAAUGACAAUCUGCAACAAGAAGGAGAUUUUGGCGAAGUAACAGAGACACACGAUAAACACCACAAGUUUGACACCCAACGACCAGUGGUUUAUCGUCAGGGCGCUCACCUCCGUACAGAAGGUAACUUCUCUAAGGACACUGAAUACGAAAAAGAAUUUGCAAAAAAAAAAGCCCAAAAAACAAAAGGGGCCAAACAUAAUGACAAUCUGCAACAAGAAGGAGAUUUUGGCGAAGUAACAGAAACACACGAUAAACACCACAAGUUUGACACCCAACGACCUGUAGUAAAGAAGCAUGGAGACCAUUUAGGAACAGAAGGAAAUUUUGAGAAAGAUACAGAGUAUAAUAAACAGUUCCACCAGAAAGGUUCUGAUAAAAGAACUGCUAAGAAGAACAGCGACAACUUGAAGCAGGAAGGAGACUUUGGUGAAGUAACAGAAACACACGACAAACACCACAAGUUUGACACCCAACGACCUGUUAUACAGACACAGGGAACCCAUCUGUUAACUGAAGGAGAAUUCACUAAGGAUACAGAGUACACUAAGCAAUACCACCAAAAAGGUUCUGAGAAGCGUAUUUCAAAUAAAAAAAGUGACAAUUUGAGGCAAGAAGGAAGUUUUGGCGAAAUAACCGAAAAUCAUGAUAAAUACCACAAGUUUGAUACCCAGCGUCCAGUGGUAUAUCAUGAGGGAGCCUAUCUAGCAACAGAGGGCAACUUUAUUAGUGAAACAGAAUACAAUAAACAGUUUGAUGAAAAAGGUGCACAAAGAUCUCGGGAGAUAAAACAAAAUGAUAAUCUACGUCAGGAAGGAGAUUUUGGUGAGACUACCGAGACUCACGACAAACAUUGUAAGUUCGACACACAGCGUCCAGUAAUUCAGAAACAAGGAGCAAAUCUCACAACACAGGGAAAUUUUGUCAAAGAUACAGAAUACGAGAAGCAGUUCAUUGAAAAGGGUGUCCAGAGACGUACUGCCAAAAAGAAAAGGGAUAAUCUUCAGCAGGAAGGUAAGUUUGGAGAUAUAUCAGAAGUAAAAGAUAAAUUUCAGAAACAGAAUGUAAGGAGGCCUGAGCUGAAGAAGAAUAAUGAUACCUUACGUCAACAAGGUAACUUUGGUGAACUUUCAGAGAAUAAAGAUAAAUAUAGGAACCAGAACGCCAAACGUCCUCCUCUAAAUAAGACCACGGAUAACCUCCGCCAGCAAGGAGAGUUUGGUGAGAAGUCUGAGAUCCAGGACAAGUUCCAGAGUCACCAUCCUCAGAGAUCACGGGUGAAUAAAAUGUAUGAUAACCUCAAGAGUACUGGAAAGUUUGCAGAAAUCACUGAAAUUCAAGAAAAGUAUCAGCCCACUGACCCUUCCAGACCCGAGAGAAGAAGAGUAGGUACAAGUUUAAAAAGUAAAGGGAACUUUGGAAGCAGCUCAGAGUACGGUUCAAUGUUCCACGACUUGGAAGGCCACCAGCGCCACUCCUACCGGCUCCCCGACAACCUCAAGCCUGUUGGGACCUUUGGAGAAAAGAGUGAAGCUAAGGACAAGUUUCGUGAAGUUGCCGCCGAGAGACCUGUCAUCUGGCGGCAGAAAUCAAAUCUUAAGGCAUCGGGGACGUUCGGCGAACCUUCCGAAGCUCGGGAUAAAUACCGUGAGUUCCAAACCAAGAGGCCAACAGUAAAGAAGAUGGGCUCAAACCUUCAUCCUGAAGGGGAAUUCAAUGAUAUAACUGAAGUUCAUGACAAAUAUCGCGAAGUAAAACCUCAACGUAACAUUGCCCCUAAACAUAAGUCAAACAUCCAACCAGAGGGACAAUUUGGGGAGAUGUCCGAAAUUAAAGACAAGUACCGGCAAUUAGAGAGACAAAGACUAAUUGCACCAAAGCAUGGAGCCACCCUGAAACCCGAGGGCCAGUUUGGUGAAACCUCAGAGGUUCAUGACAAAUUCAAGGCUUUGGAAACUCAUCGAAAUAUUGCAAAGAAACAUUCUGGUAACCUCAGGCCUGAAGGGGACUUUGGUGAAACCUCAGAAGUUCAUGACAAAUUCAAGACUUUGGAAACUCAUCGAAAUAUUGCAAAGAAACACUCUGGUAACCUAAGGCCUGAAGGGGACUUUGGUGAAACUUCAGAAGUUCAUGACAAAUUCAAGGCUUUGGAAACUCAUCGAAAUAUAGCAAAGAAACAUUCUGCUAACCUCAGGCCUGAAGGGGACUUUGGUGAAACCUCAGAAGUUCAUGACAAAUUCAAGACUUUGGAAACUCAUCGAAAUAUUGCAAAGAAACACUCUGGUAACCUAAGGCCUGAAGGGGACUUUGGUGAAACUUCAGAAGUUCAUGACAAAUUCAAGGCUUUGGAAACUCAUCGAAAUAUAGCAAAGAAACAUUCUGCUAACCUCAGGCCUGAAGGGGACUUUGGUGAAACCUCAGAAGUUCAUGACAAAUUCAAGGCUUUGGAAACUCAUCGAAAUAUAGCAAAGAAACAUUCUGGUAACCUUCUUCCUGAAGGGGACUUUGGUGAAACCUCAGAGGUUCAUGACAAAUUCAAGGCUUUGGAAACUCAUCGAAAUAUAGCAAAGAAACAUUCUGCUAACCUCAGGCCAGAAGGGGACUUUGGUGAAACCUCAGAAGUUCAUGACAAAUUCAAGGCUAUGGAAACUCAUCGAAAUAUAGCAAAGAAACAUUCUGGUAACCUUCUUCCUGAAGGGGACUUUGGUGAAACCUCAGAAGUUCAUGACAAAUUCAAGACUUUGGAAACUCAUCGAAAUAUAGCAAAGAAACAUUCUGCUAACCUCAGGCCUGAAGGGGACUUUGGUGAAACGUCAGAAGUUCAUGACAAAUUCAAGGCUAUGGAAACUCAUCGAAAUAUAGCAAAGAAACAUUCUGCUAACCUCAGGCCAGAAGGGGACUUUGGUGAAACGUCAGAAGUUCAUGACAAAUUCAAGGCUAUGGAAACUCAUCGAAAUAUAGCAAAGAAACAUUCUGGUAACCUUCUUCCUGAAGGGGACUUUGGUGAAACCUCAGAAGUUCAUGACAAAUUCAAGACUUUGGAAACUCAUCGAAAUAUAGCAAAGAAACAUUCUGCUAACCUCAGGCCUGAAGGGGACUUUGGUGAAACGUCAGAAGUUCAUGACAAAUUCAAGGCUAUGGAAACUCAUCGAAAUAUAGCAAAGAAACAUUCUGCUAACCUCAGGCCAGAAGGGGACUUUGGUGAAACGUCAGAAGUUCAUGACAAAUUCAAGGCUAUGGAAACUCAUCGAAAUAUAGCAAAGAAACAUUCUGGUAACCUUCUUCCUGAAGGGGACUUUGGUGAAACCUCAGAAGUUCAUGACAAAUUCAAGGCUUUGGAAACUCAUCGAAAUAUUGCAAAGAAACAUUCUGCUAACCUCAGGCCUGAAGGGGACUUUGGUGAAACGUCAGAAGUUCAUGACAAAUUCAAGGCUUUGGAAACUCAUCGAAAUAUAGCAAAGAAACAUUCUGGUAACCUUCUUCCUGAAGGGGACUUUGGUGAAACCUCAGAAGUUCAUGACAAAUUCAAGGCUUUGGAAACUCAUCGAAAUAUUGCAAAGAAACAUUCUGCUAACCUCAGGCCUGAAGGGGAAUUUGGAGAAACCUCAGAAGUUCAUGACAAAUUCAAGGCUUUGGAAACUCAUCGAAAUAUAGCAAAGAAACAUUCUGCUAACCUCAGGCCUGAAGGGGAAUUUGGAGAAACCUCAGAAGUUCAUGACAAAUUCAAGGCUUUGGAAACUCAUCGAAAUAUAGCAAAGAAACAUUCUGGUAACCUUCUUCCUGAAGGGGACUUUGGUGAAACCUCAGAAGUUCAUGACAAAUUCAAGGCUUUGGAAACUCAUCGAAAUAUAGCAAAGAAACAUUCUGCUAACCUCAGGCCUGAAGGGGACUUUGGUGAAACCUCAGAGGUUCAUGACAAAUUCAAGGCUUUGGAAACUCAUCGAAAUAUAGCAAAGAAACAUUCUGGUAACCUUCUUCCUGAAGGGGACUUUGGUGAAACCUCAGAGGUUCAUGACAAAUUCAAGGCUUUGGAAACUCAUCGAAAUAUAGCAAAGAAACAUUCUGCUAACCUCAGGCCUGAAGGGGAAUUUGGAGAAACCUCAGAAGUUCAUGACAAAUUCAAGGCUUUGGAAACUCAUCGAAAUAUAGCAAAGAAACAUUCUGCUAACCUCAGGCCUGAAGGGGACUUUGGUGAAACCUCAGAGGUUCAUGACAAAUUCAAGGCUUUGGAAACUCAUCGAAAUAUAGCAAAGAAACAUUCUGGUAAUCUUCUUCCUGAAGGAGACUUUGGUGAAACCUCAGAAGUUCAUGACAAAUAUAAACCCUUGGACAGUCAAAGAAAUAUUGCAAAGAAACAUUCUGCUAACCUAAAGCCUGAAGGUCAGUUUGGAGAAAUCACAGAAAUUCAAGAUAAAUAUCGAAGUCUAGAGACACAAAGAAACAUUGCUAAGCGUCACAGCGCCAAACUCAAACCUGAAGGCAACUUUGGUGGGACGUCAGAGCUUCAAGAUAAGUAUAGAACACAUGAUCCCAAACGGCACAUUGCUAAACGCCACACGGAUAAACUCAAACCUGAGGGUGACUUCAGUGAGACCACAGAAGUUAAAGACAAGUACAGACAAAAGGGGACAAAUAGGAAUAUUGCUAAACGCCACAGUGGAAAACUCAAACCUGAAGGUGAGUUUGGAGAGAUAUCAGAACUUCACGAUAAAUACAAAAGCUUUGACACUCAGAGAAACAUUGCCAGGCGUCACAGUCCAUCCUUAAAACCAGAAGGUAAAUUUGGUGAAAUUUCAGAAAUUCAGUAUAGUUACCGAGGUCAUGAAUCCAGGCGUCCAAAAUUAGAAAAGGUAAAUUCUGACCAACUGUGGCUCGAUGGUCCUAAGUUUACUAUAAAAGGAAGUACAGAAACACUAUCAAGUUACACUGAUUAUCCUGGAGUAAAACAGAAAGAUCUCAGAGUUCCACCAAAAUACACCUCCAAUGUUACAGCGGUAAAAGCGGCAUAACGCCACUGCUGAUGUAGCUGUAUAGGAAACGUGUCUGGGAAGACGUAUAGAGGUACUGGUUGUUUUUAAAUGUUGGAGUCUGAACUAAUGUGAAGCACAGGAAUCGUUAAAGCAGAGUAAUUCAUAACAUCAACAACUUUGGAAUCUCCUCUCUUAUUUCUAUCAUUUGUUUUAAAAUAAUACAACUUUGAAGAACUAUUAAGUCCAGGUCUUCGGCUUUGGUUGAAUUGCUAAAAACUAUAUUUUUCUAAGUGAAUCUUCUUUCUUAAGUCCCUCUCCUUGCUUCAUAGACUGUGAACUAUGUCACUAUAAAUGUACAUAUUUAAUGAAGUGAUUCAAAGGAUGAAUUUCAGGCGAGUACUGACCACAUACUGUACAACAUUGUGGUAGUAGGAAGUGUAGCAUAUGACAGUGGUGGCCAACUAGAGGCAGACAAACCCGGAUACACUUCUAGAGCCACAAGAGUGUCUUGUGGUACACUACGAAUAUUUUAUUUUCAAAAAUAAAAAUAAUAUUGGUAAUAACAACAAACUUUCUUACCUCUCUUUGACAACUUUAAACUCAGUGGCUCUUCUGCUACCCAUCACAACUUUAUCAACAAUUUUCUUGAAGUUUGUCUCUUCUUCAGCUGAGGAUAAACAAAGUAGAACAGAUCAGUGUUUGGAUUUCAUGUGUUUGAGGGCAGAAAUGGACUUGCACAGAAUUGGCAGCGAAGUCAAUCAACAAAAAUGACAAAAUAAAAAUACAAGGACUUACUUGGUAUAUAUUGAUAAUAUAAGCAUACUACUAAAGAUAAUAUGUAUAAUACAGUAUGGAUAUUUUUCAUUUUUUACUAUUGUGGGUGUUCUAAAAGCCACAGUUUCUAGUAGCUCAGAGAAGGCUAGUUGGCCACCCCUGGCAUAUGAGGAAAGUAUAUCCAGUAGUGCCUUUAUCAUGCAAUAGGCUACACAGAAUUCCUCAUGCUUAUACUGUAUACAUUUCAUCCAUGUAGCUGCCUUCCUUACCACAUGAUUUAAUAACUCAUUCUAACAUACAUUAUUGUCAUUAUACAUACAUAAAGCAGCUCUGUCGUGUGGCAAGGAAGGAUUAAAAUCUUUGAAUAUUAUAUAGUCUCUUGCAGUCUAUUGUGUGUCCAUAAAAAUUUCUAAUAGUGGUGGUUUUGGCACGUGAUCACCUCAAACCUUCUUGCAGCUUUAUCAAACGAUAAUGCUGGCUAAGGAGGGCAUACAUUUAAAGGCUGACUGAUAAUUCACAUGACGUCAAGUGAUAUUUAUCCAAAUUGGAAACUUUUGACAACUAUAACUUAAUCAUAAUCUAAAUUAUCUUUUAUUCACUUGAUGAUAUGUAGAUGCCAGUGUCAGUCAUAUAGUAAGAAGUGCUUGAACAAGGAAAAAGCAUACAUGUGGCACCUCUACCAGGUGUUGACCCUACACGCACGGGCACCUAGACGCAGGCAGUCUAGUUGUUCUGAUGCUGUCAUCGCUGGCGAUAGUCACCACACAGCCCGCCAAACAAAAUAUUGUAUCUUGUACAGCAAAUAAUCAUAGGGAAACACUUUCAGAGUUUGUGUGCAUUUUUCCAAAUACAAUAAACAUUUUAGAAUU